GCUUAAAACAAAAGGAGGCGGGAGAAGGGGAAAAGGUUGGACGUCGGUGGUGUGGCGACCGAAGGGGAGCCGGGUGCUCCUCGCUUCGUGGGGUAGGGGCCUGAGGGUCAAAUGGGCGCAUUCUUCUUGGGGAAGUGAAGAAAAUGACUGCAUCGGGUGUUGCACUAAGAGUGGAAACUUGGCUCUUAUCUACCUGGCAUGUAAAAGUGCCAACACGAUGGCUAGAAGCUUGUAUUGAUUGGAUUGAAAAAGAACAUGGAAGCAAUUUGGCUCAGGCUGCUAUUAACAAGCAAGUUUUUGAGCAGUGGCUUCUUACAGAUCUCAGAGAUCUUGAAUAUCCUAUUCUGCCUGAUUGCAUUUUAAGUGAUCCAAAAGGAGAAUUGAAUGGCUUUCAUUCUGUGCAAAUUGAUUCAAUAGUUGAUGUGAGUCAGCCUGCUUAUUCCCAGUUGCAAAAAAUAAGAGGAAAAAAUACUGUAAAUGAGGAAAUAACUGCUAAUGCACAGAGAACCUUGAGGUCAUGGGAAGAAAAUCCUACUCGAAUGCUUCUGCUGCAAAUGACUGAUGGCAUACAUCUUAUCCAAGGUAUGGAAUAUCAGCCCAUUCCUCAACUCCAUGGUGGUCUACCUCCAGGUACCAAAGUUAUGAUACAAGGGAAAGUUACAUAUCGUUUAGGUGUUCUUUUGCUUAAACCAGAAAAUGUGAAAUUAUUGGGAGGUGAAGUUGAUAGCCUUUUAGAGACAUAUGCUUUGGAGAGAGUACUCGCUAGGCUAAUUGGAGAAGAAGAUUGCAGUCCUAACAUUGUGAGGUCUGGUAUUGGUGAAAUUUCAAGGCCUGAUGAUGAAUUAGGGCCUUCUGAUGAAGACCUCCUGGCAAGUCUUGAGGAAAAUGAUGAAUUAAGGAUAAAUGAAGUCCCCCCUGAAAGUGGAUACUGUAGCAGAAGUACCAGUUUAAAUUCUACAGUGCCUUCUCUUCCUCACAGCCAAAGGAACUGCUUACAGCAAAGACCUGCAGAGUUAAUUUCAGGAAAUGAACAACCAACUGUUUCAGUUCUACAAAAUAUGGAAGGCGAUUUUGAUGGAUUUUCAAUGGAUGAUGAUUUACUUUUAAUAGAAGAGAUCCAGCAAGAAGAGAUACAUGUUUUGAACACUAAUACUAGUAUAAAUAAUGAAGCUGUUCAAGAAAAAAAAUCUAGUGAAAGAGGAAUGUAUAAUACAUUUGAAGAAGACAUGGAAGACUUUACUAUAAAUUAUAAUAGACAAUACAUCGAGAAUUUAGAUGUCAGUAAAGUCAAGAAGAAAUCCUCUAAAAUCUGUAAUGAUGGAGUAAUAGGCAGUAAUGCAGAAUUCAGAUUAUGUUCUGAGCAAGUACAGAUGAUCAAAACAAAAAAUAAGUGUCACAAAGUUGAUUUAGAUACACCUCCUUUUACAUAUUUAUCUGUUCUGUUAAGUAGCAAGCCCAGAUAUAUUACUAUUGUGAAAAUUAAAGCAUUUAUAGUAACGCUUACAGGAAAGCUCAUAAGUAGCAGUGGCUUCUGGAACAUAACAGCAAAAAUAUCUGAUGGCACAGCUUAUCUAGAAGUUGAAUUUGCUGAUGAGAUUCUAACAAGCUUGAUUGGCUUUUCUGUAUCUGAGAUGAGGCAACUGAGGAAAGAUCCUGUCCUAUACCCAAAGCUCAAGGAGGGAUUACAGAAAUGCCAAAGAGAACUAAUAGACCUCUGUUGCUUGAUGACUAUUGAAUUUAAUGCUUGCCAGACAAAAGCAACAGUAACUGUUUUGCAAGAUGUUAAUAUAAAUGAUUUGAAUAACUUAAAAAGACGCUUAUAUAUUUAACAUUUAGCUGGCAGGUUGUAAUCUUGAGAAAAACCUGUAUAUUAGACUAGGUUGGAUUAUGGUGUUACUAUUUGAGUUCAGAGACUCAGUCGAAGACUGGAAAAAUAUUUUAAUACUAGAACGUAUUUUCUUUAGUUUACUCAAGAUACGUAUUUGUUUUAGCAAUAGUUGGCGUUUUAAAUAUUUCCCUAA